AUAUCUGCACCACUUACAAAUUUUACCGCACAAGCUGAAACAAAAUGGCAGCAAGCGCCGUUCUCAGAAGAAAAUCCCAAUUAUUUUUAACGAGUAUAUCUCCUGUUACCAAUACUUACGAUGAAUUGGUGAAAGAGAAAUUAGAAACCGGAAAAUUCCCAACCACCAUGACGGGGGUCAUUAAGAUAAUCGGAAUGCUGGUGCUCAUAUUUACUUUGGGAUUUUUUCUUGGACAGCCUACUUGCAAAUACACCUCGUCGUGGUAUCCUUACCUGUUUCCAUCGAGUUUGGGAGCCAGUAUCGCAAUACAGUUUGUAUUGUUUUUUAUAUUUUCUCUAGGGUUGACUGUUAAAAGACCUGGACUUUGGAUAUAUACGGAUGUUGCACUUAAUCUAGCUUUUUCGAUAAAUACGAUGAUAUGUUCGGUUGUUACAAUGAAGCAAUGUUCAGAACAGGGCUCACUAACAAAAAUUCCAGGACCAUUUGGAAUUGCGGGAGGAAUGAUUUUGAUAAUAAGUUGUGGAUCAAUUUUUCUCAUGUAUCGCUACAUAGAUGAUGAAAUGGAAUUGACUCCACCACCACCAGAAAGCCAGAAAACUAAACGAUCAAGAUCCAUUUUUGCAUGAAGGCAAUGAAGUUAUCGUUAUAUUAUUAAAUAAUACUCAUUGUAAGCACAGUUUGGUUUUUAAUUGUAACUAAUGUAAUGGAUUUGCAGUUGUAUGUAUGUAACUCAAUUUCACUGAAGGCGAGUUCAAUACACAUAUUAUAUAAUGUAGUUGCAGCAGUAAUUAAAUAAUCAUAACUACCACUCUGCAAUAAAGACAAAUAAAGAUCUGUGAAUGUAGAAGCAUUGGUUUUAUAAGCUGUGCUACCUAAAAGCUUCAGUCAAAGCUGAGUUCUUUGUGUAGAUACGUUACAAUAAAACUCGAAUUUUAUAACCAA